GCGGGGGCGGCUCCCUGCGCUUAAAGGGGCCGAGCCUGCCGCCGCCCCGCUGCCGCCCGAGGCGCUGCCCGGGGAGGCCCGACCCGCCGCCGGCUCCGGUAACAGCUUGGCGCUCCGCUCCCGCGCUGCUCGGACGCCCGUCCCGGUGCCGGCAGGGUCUACCGGUGACCUGCAGCCCUUUUAAGAGGCUGCGGCACGGUUCCGGAGGGCUCGAUCGGCGAUAUAAAGGGCGGCGGCCGCGGUGGUAGCGGGAGUGCAGCGCGGCGCAGGCUGCUCCAGGUGCCGCCAUGGACUUCAACGUGAAGAAGCUGGCGUCGGACGCGGGGGUCUUCUUCUCCCGCGCCAUGCAGUUCACUGAGGAGAAGCUGGGCCAGGCUGAGAAGACUGAGCUGGAUGCCCACUUUGAAAACCUCCUGGCCAGGGCAGACUGCACCAAGAACUGGACGGAGAAGAUCCUGCGCCAGACUGAGGUUCUGCUGCAGCCCAACCCCAGUGCCAGAGUAGAGGAGUUCCUCUACGAGAAGCUGGACCGGAAGGUGCCCUCGCGGGUGACCAACGGGGAGCUGCUGGCACAGUACAUGGCAGAGGCAGCCAAUGACUUUGGGCCAGGGACCCCUUAUGGGAAGACCUUGAUCAAAGUUGGAGAGGCUCAGAGGCGCCUGGGCGCAGCUGAACGAGACUUCAUCCACUCGGCCUCCAUCACCUUCCUCACUCCGCUACGCAACUUCCUGGAGGGGGACUGGAGAACCAUCGCUAAGGAGCGCAGGAUCCUGCAGAACCGGCGCCUGGACCUGGACGCCUGCAAGGCUCGGCUGAAGAAAGCCAAGGCUGCCGAGGCCAAGGCCACGGCUGUGCCUGACUUUCAGGAGACCAGACCCCGCAAUUUCGUGCUCUCCGCCAGCGCCUCCGCGCUCUGGAGCGACGAGGUGGAAAAGGCGGAGCAGGAGCUGCGGCUGGCACAGACUGAGUUCGACCGGCAGGCGGAGGUGACACGGCUGCUGCUGGAGGGCAUCAGCAGCACCCACGUGAAUCAUCUCCGCUGCCUGCACGAGUUCGUGGAGGCCCAGACCAGCUACUAUGCCCAGUGCCACCAGUACAUGCUGGAGCUGCAGCAGCAGCUGGGCAGCUCCAAAGGAGAGAUAUUUUCAGGCACCUUCGUUGGCAAUGCAGAAUCCACCUCCCCCCUCCCAGCCACGGCCUCCCCUCCGGCAGGGGCUGCUGCCCCCCUCCCGGCCGUGCCUACCAUCCCGGUUGUGCCCACCAUAGCUGGGAUGCCCAGCACGGUGGCCGAGAGCGUCCUGAACCCCAGCGAGGUGAAGCCCCCGGCCAGCGGCACCCGCAGGGCCAGGGUGCUCUAUGACUACGAGGCAGCCGACAGCAGCGAGCUGGCCCUGCUGGCAGACGAGCUGCUCACCGUGUACAGCCUGCCUGGCAUGGACCCGGACUGGCUCAUAGGGGAGAGAGGGAACCAGAAGGGGAAGGUUCCUGUCACCUACUUGGAGCUGCUCAGCUAAAGGUCUGCAAGGAGAAGGUUCUAGAAGGCUCCCCCCAUCUCCUGGCACUCCUCACUGCGGAUCUCUCCAUCCAGGCCCAUCGCUGUCCCCAGGGCUGGCACUGCGCUCGGGUGGGCACGGUGGGAAGCUAGGGCAGCUCGCAGGAGGCAUCUGGGGAUGGCACCCAGCACUGCCUUGGUUACCCCCAUGCAGCCUGCUUCGAGCCUCAGGGGCACAAAGCUUCUCGCGUCCUUUGCUCCACUCCACCCGGGUCUCGUUCACGGCAGCAGUUCCCCAGGCUGUGCCCUCAUCUCCCAGGGUGUUGCCUGUCCCUGGUGUCUGGUGUGGGCUACUGCCCAUCUGUGUCCCCCUCCCCUCCAGCAGUAGAGUUGCCCAGGUCUGACCAUGCAGCAUUCCAGUGGGCACUGUCCCACACAGUCCUCUGCCAUGUCCCAGCCCUUAAGGGAGCUGAGUUCCAGCACUGAGAGCCUGCAGGACCCAAGGCCACUGUGAGCUGUGGGGGGCAGAACUAAAGCUCCCCAGGAGCCACCUCUGGCCGUGGUGCCUGAUGCAUCGCUCCCACCCAGGGCUGGCCUCUGACGCUGGAGGGAAAUGUCUGCAGAGCAGUCUCGAGCACAGGGCCUGUGCUGGGCACCAAACCUCCGUGCAAGGGACCCUGCCCUCCGCCUGCAUUUCCUCAAGCUGCUGCCCUGGGCUGCAGCUCUCAGCCUUGCUACCAGCUUUGCCCCAUGGCUCUUCUCCAGGCCCUCCUCUCUGUCUGUCCCAGGCACCUUCUAGCCUGACUUUUGUUCACCCCAGGUGAUGGAUUUGACUUAAUGUCCCCCCCACCCCGCAGUGAAUGGACUUGGUGCACCCCACGACAGGAGGGCACAGAGCCCAGGCUGCACUCGCUGUGUGGGGUGGCUCAACCCAGGGGGAGCCUGUUGGGGCUCAGCAGCAGCUUUGUGGCUGGAGCUCACCAAAGGCCUUUUGCUGCUGCUGGAUUUCCCCUGGAGGAGAGCCUUCCCUGCCCCAAGCUGUUGGCAGCCUGCCCUGGGUUAGCCAGCACCAGCUCUGCUUGUUUCUGGCGCUUCUGCACUCUCCGCAGCGGUGCCACGGGCACUGCCACGCACCAGGGCACUGCCACACACCAGGCACUACUCGACGCAGGGCUCCUGGGUUUCAGCACUUACUUGCCAAUAAACUGCCUGAGCUGCUG